AGGCUCUUCGGUGUUAUACACGUGGGGAGUUUGAACACAUCGCUACCUCGCUAAAGGUUUAGAUCCAAAUCUGAGGAUGACGAGUGGGGACGUGGAGCGACUGCUGAUCCAGUUCCAGGAUGAAGAAGGGGAGGUUCUGGGUUCACCUUUUGAUGUGCCUCUAGACAUCACCCCAGACAAACUACAGCUGGUCUGCAAUGCACUGCUUCAGAAGGAGGAGCCGGUGCCACUGGCAUUUUUUGUGCGUGGAGAGGCUGAGGUGGUGUCCAGUCUGGGGUCGUGUGUGCAGGCUCUUGGCGUCGAAACAGAGCAAGUUCUGCCAGUGGUGUACCAGCCUCAGGCUGUGUUCAGGGUUCGAGCCGUGGCCCGCUGUACCAGCACACUACAGGGGCACACAGAAGCUGUCAUCUCAACUGCUUUCAGCCCCACCGGCAAAUAUCUGGCCAGUGGUUCAGGUGACACCACAGUGCGCUUCUGGGACUUGAUGACUGAGACGCCCCAUCAUACUGCCAGAGGACACACACAUUGGGUACUGAGCAUCGCCUGGUCACCUGAUGGCAAGAAGCUGGCUUCAGGGUGCAAGAACAGCCAGAUCUGUCUGUGGGAUCCAGUGACAGGUUCACAGAUGGGAAAGACUUUGACCGGACACACCAAAUGGAUCACUUGGCUCAGCUGGGAACCUCUCCAUCUUAACCCAGAGUGUCGGAACUUAGCCAGUAGCUCUAAGGACGGCUCUAUACGCAUCUGGGACACUGUGUUGGGACGCUGUGAGAAGAUCCUGACAGGACACACUCAGUCAGUCACCUGUGUGAAGUGGGGUGGAGAUGGACUUCUUUACACUUCCUCACAGGACAGAACGGUCAAAGUCUGGAGGGCCAAAGAUGGUGUCCAGUGCAGGACUCUGCAGGGUCACGCCCACUGGGUGAACACCCUGGCUCUCAGCACAGACUAUGUCCUGCGCACUGGAGCUUUUGAACCUGCAACUGCCACUAUCAAUCCCCAGGACCUCUCUGGACCAUUGGAAGAGCUGAAGGAGAAAGCUUUGCAGAGAUAUAAUAAAGUUAGGGGCUCAGCUCCAGAGCGCUUGGUGUCUGGCUCCGAUGAUUUCACCCUGUUCCUGUGGAACCCUGCAGAAGACAAGAAGCCUCUGGCCAGGAUGACUGGCCACAGUGCUCUGGUCAACGAAGUGCUCUUCUCUCCAGACACCAGGCUUCUUGCCUCUGCCUCAUUCGAUAAGUCCAUUAAAAUCUGGGAUGGACGCACUGGAAAGUACUUAAUGUCCCUGCGUGGCCAUGUGGGAUCUGUGUAUCAAGUGGCGUGGUCAGCGGACAGCAGGCUGCUGGUCAGUGGAAGCAGCGACAGCACACUUAAAGUCUGGGACAUAAAGACCGGGAAGUUGAACAUGGACCUGCCUGGCCACGCUGAUGAGGUUUUUGCAGUGGACUGGAGUCCUGAUGGACAAAGAGUAGCCAGUGGCGGGAAAGACAAAUGUCUCAGAAUAUGGAGAAGAUAGCCACGCCUCUGUUCCCCCUCCUAACUUUGGCAGAGGAUGUCACGUCUUCUACUAUCAAGAAGCCUGACAGCUGGAGCAUUGGUGGCCUGGCUGUACCUAAUCCCCCAUUUGGCUUCUUUACACUGUCUGUCAACAAUGGCAUUGUGUCAAGGAGCUCUAACCCAGUCAGAUGCAAAUGCACUCUCCAGGUGUGGAACCCAUGUGGGAAUGUUAACGAUGUAACACUGUAAAGGUGUUUAGCUGAAUGGGAAUGUAAAGUGGGAGAGUUUAUAAGCAUCAGAACAUCAAUCCAUUGACACCUUUGCAAGUGGAAGCUACAGUGUGAAAUGUAUGUCAGUGAUAGCAUCUCAAAUUGAAAGGGUUUCCAUUCAUCUGUAUAUUGUUUUGUACACACCAGGGCCCCUGGUAUGUAAAGACUGCCUUUAUAUAGUGCCAUGUCUAUAUGCAGAAAUGUAUGUAUUUAAAAAUGAAUACAUCACUUAAAUUUCUGAACACAUAUUCAGAACAGAUGAAAUGAGAGGCACACACUGAGUUAAAUAAAAGGAUUUAACUUUACAAGAUGAACUAUAUACUGCAGGUGACAGGUGGACCAGUAAGGCAACAGGUGGGAGUGUUUAAUACCUUCCUCUGUGAUGUUAAUGCCGACUGCCCUCACCCUGCAACUUCAGCCUUUAAUCUCCUCUGUCCUGCGGUCAGCAAAGCCACAGUCUGCUGAUUUUUUUUCUGGUGCUGUGGUGAAGCCAAGUGUCACCAGCUCUGAGCUCUCUGAUCCUCCAUCCCAUUGAGGAAAAACCAGGUUCACCAUUCCAGUUAAAGUAACCUGUUUUAUUCUGUGUAUUUAAGCAGCUUUGUGAAUAUUUUAUAUUAAUAAAUAUUUACAUCACAACUUUUACUUUGUGACAUAACAAAGGAAAUUGUGU